AUGUUUUGGAGAAUCUGGAACAGCAGGAAUGAGUGGACCUUCAACAGGGUUAAAGAACCAAAGUGGAUAACUGUUACCAAAGCAAGAGAAAGUUGGAUGGAAUACAGAUCAAUCAGCGAAGAUUUGAAGAACAAGAACACACACUAUCAAAUGUCAAGGAGACCUCAGGUAGAGAAAUUUUCUAAGGAAGUAGGACAUACUAGUUGCUCUGUCAGUGCUUCAUUCUCUACAAGAGGCACAAUUGGCGUUGGUGGUGUUGUUGUGAAUGGACAGGAAAUUUAUAAAUGCUCCACUACAGAAUCUGGUAAGAUGGAGGCCAUUGAAGGAAUGUUGAGGAUGCAUGUUACAAAAGUUGAAGGAGAUGAAGGAACCUAG